AAAUAUUAUAUUCAAUGAUUUUGCAAGUUGAAGUGUCAAAAUCCUGAUUACGCAUUUUCAUGCACAAAAUCAUAUAACUUUCCUAUAUAAAACUGUAAAGUUGCAUUACAUGAGCUUUCCCUUACCUGAAGGCCCAUAGAGAGAGAGAGAGAAUCAUCUAUCAGUCUUUUGAGAGCGAAUCAAGUUCGUAACUGACAGCAAAAACUGAAGGUCCAAUCCCAAGGGAGAGUGGCACGUGCGAAUACCAAGUUAGAAGAAAAAAAAGUGAUUUAAGAACCAAACUGCUCAAGUGGCUAUCCUCAAACCGUUGUCGUUAAGAUAGAGAGAUUUAGUUGUCACUCAAUAAAUACUAAUAAGAUAAGUAUAUUUAUCCAUAGAUAUAGACGCAACAGUUUGAUGAAUGAAGAUAGAUUUGGUUUCUCUUUGAUGCGGACGGAACUGGCAAUGUACGAACCAAUCAAAAGCACCGACGACGGUGAUCAAUGGCGUGAGAAGAAAGACAUUGAGUCCGCUUCCUCUCUCCAGAUUUCUUCUCAUCACGGUCCUUAUCUCCCUUCCGACAAGGAACGAUUAGUUUCUCUCGACGUCUUCCGUGGCAUUACCGUAGCCCUGAUGAUACUUGUGGAUGAUGUUGGAGGGAUCUUCCCAGCUAUUAACCAUUCACCUUGGGACGGUGUAACGCUUGCUGAUUUCGUCAUGCCUUUUUUUCUUUUCAUUGUCGGUGUCUCUCUUGCCUUUGCUUAUAAGGUAGUAUGUGAUUAUUGCUACUCUUUAAUUAACUUCUUUUACUCUGAUUCUGAUCUUUCUCUGGUUUUUUUUGUUUGGUUACAGAACUUGUCAUGCAAGUAUGCUGCAACAAGAAAGGCUUUGCUUCGAUCCUUUAAACUCCUUUCACUUGGUCUUUUUCUCCAAGGGGGAUUCAUUCAUGGCCUCAACAACUUAACAUAUGGAAUAGAUAUAGAGAAAAUUAGAGUCAUGGGCAUAUUACAGAGAAUAGCGAUAGCAUACUUAGUUGCAGCACUGUGCGAGAUUUGGUUUAAAGGAAACCAUAAUGUCACCUCAGAGCUAUCUAUGAUCAAGAAAUACAAAUUUCACUGGGUGGUGGCAUUUGUUAUUACAACAACAUAUUUGUUCAUGCUAUACGGCUUAUACGUGGCAGACUGGGAAUAUCAGAUUUCAACACAAGACCAAGGAUCAACAACAUUCUUGAAUGUGAAGGUGAAAUGUGGGGUAAGAGGAAACACUGGACCAGGCUGUAAUGCAGUUGGAAUGCUUGACCGUAUGUUAUUAGGAAUACAUCAUCUCUACAGGAAACCUGUAUAUGCACGGACCAAGCAAUGCAGUAUAUAUUCUCCACACAAUGGGCCAUUACCUCCAGGCGCUCCUUCUUGGUGUCAAGCGCCUUUUGAUCCCGAAGGCCUUCUCAGUUCCUUGAUGGCCACCGUUACAUGCCUAGUGGGUUUGCAUUACGGCCAUAUUAUCACCCACUUCAAGGAUCACAAAAGGCGUCUGAACCAAUGGAUUUUACGUUCUUUUUGUCUUCUGAUGUUAGGUCUCGCACUUGACCUCUUUGGAAUGCAUCUAAACAAACCUCUAUACACACUGAGUUACGUGUGUGUCACGGCAGGCGCUUCUGGAUUUCUGUUCUCCACUAUAUACCUAAUGGUUGAUGUUUAUGGAUACAAACGAGCAAGUCUUGUGUUACAGUGGAUGGGAAUACACGCCUUGCCGAUCUACGUUCUCAUUGCAUGCAAUCUUGUCUUUCUAAUCAUUCAUGGGUUCUACUGGAAGAAACCUACUAACAAUCUCCUUCAUUUGAUAGGAAUUGGAAAGUGAAGAAGAGAAAGGAGGUGAAACAAGCGUAUGCCAAGAAACAAUAGUCAUUAGCCAUCUUCAUCUUCUUAUUCCAUUCUCUUCCCAUAUUCAUUCAUUCACCUAUAGAAUCCAAUCUAUUCUAGUUUUGUAAAUCGAAUCUCACCAUGUUUUUUUCGCAUUUUCUGCUUGUAUCUUUAUAGUAUUUUCAACCACAUCGUUUCCAUAUUA